UGGAGGAACAGAACCAGGGAAAACACACACACACACACAGAGCUUAGAGGGAGGCUCACUCGUGUCAGAGCUGAACUGCAGUGAGGAAGAGGAGGAGGAGGGGCGGAGAGAAACGUUCCUGGGAAUUAAUAACAGAGAGGCAGGAGGAGGGGCAGGUGCACACAGGUGAAUUGCUGGACCAUGAAGGCAGCAUUCAGAUUGCUUCUCCUCCUCAUCCUUGUGUUGAUCUCUGAAGUGAACGGGCAGAGGCAGAAGCCUGCGCGGAAGCCCGCGCGGAAGCCCGCCCGCCCGACUCCCGAGCCAGUCGAGCCAACAGAGCUGCCUCCGCCCCUGCCGCCGGGCCCCCCCUCCGUCUUCCCGGAUUGCCCCAGAGAAUGCUUUUGUCCUCCAGACUUCCCCUCGGCCCUCUACUGUGACAGCCGCAACCUGAGGAAGGUGCCCCUCAUCCCUCCCAGGAUCCACUACCUCUAUCUCCAGAACAACUUCAUUGACAGCCUCCCGGAGGAGUCCUUCAAGAAUGCCACGGAGCUGAGGUGGGUCAACCUGGACAACAACCGCAUCAAGAAGUUGGACCGGCGGGUGAUGGAGCAGAUGGACAGCCUCGUCUUUCUGUACCUGGAGAAGAACCAGCUGAAGGAGGUGCCAUCCUUCCUGCCGGUCAACCUGGAGCAGCUGCGUCUGAGCAGGAAUCAGAUCUCCAAGAUCCCCUCUGGGGUUUUCAACAAGCUGGAGCACCUGGUCCUCCUGGACCUGCACCACAACAAGCUGAGUGAUGGAGUCUUCAACAAAAACACCUUCAGGGGGCUCAAGAACCUCAUGCAGCUAAACCUAGCUCACAACAUCCUGCGGAAGUUGCCUCCUGGGCUGCCCAGUGCUGUCCACCAGCUCUUCCUAGACAGGAACAACAUUGAGGACAUCCCCGAUGACUACUUCAAAGAAUUCCCCAAUCUGGCCUUCCUCAGGCUCAACUACAAUCAGAUUUCUGACAAAGGGCUGCCCAAGAACUCCUUCAACCUCAGCAACCUGCUGGUGCUGCAACUGGCGCAUAAUAAGCUCACCACCAUGCCCUUCAUCAACCCCAGACUGGAGCACCUCUACCUAAACGACAAUUCCAUUGAAAAAAUCAACGGGACCCAGAUUUGCCCCACCGCCCUGGUCACCUUCCAAGACUUCUCCUCAGAUCUAGAAAACGUGCCCCGGCUCCGCUACCUGCGCCUGGACGGCAACCAAUUGAAACCUCCCAUCCCCUUGGACCUCAUGAUGUGCUUCCGGCUCCUACAGUCAGUCGUGUUUUAACUCUCCCAGCAGUGCCACUCUCCCGGGACUUCGGCUUUGCGCAGACAAUUGACUCCAGUCUAUGUCAGACACUUGGAAAAUAUCUUGUUCCCCCAUUCAACCCACCCCACUCACCCCUCAACGCUCUGUCUCCUCUUCCUCCCCCCUCUCUUUCCUCCUUCCUCAGCUGCAAGGAGCCCCGCCGCCGUUAGGUGCAGCACAGUACCGCCCUGUGGAUGCUGCAUGUAUCUUAUAGGAGUGCACUUCCUGUCGGAUACCUGUAGUGCCCACACAAUGGCACUAUGCCACAAUAAGCAUCCAAGGCCUUCGUGUAAAUGGGGCCCUUUCACGCCUACCCUUUAGGUCAAAGUCAGAGAAGAGGUGCCUGCUCAAAUGCCACCCACUUAUACCCAGCAUGCAACUGCCUUUCCUUCCCAGGUCUGUAUCUCUUCCAGUCAUAGGAACCAUCUCCAGGUGGACCUGAUCUUUGUAGGUCUAUCAGCAUCUCCUCCCAACUCCAGCAGACGGUGGUACGUGAGCUUUGUUUUGGGAGCACCCAGUGAUGGAGGGGCUGUCUGGCAGAUGGGAGGGGCAGGGGGCCUGGAACUGGACAAUGAUCCGAGGCAAUUAUAGCUGCUUUAUGAGACAAGGCGAUUUCAUCCCCAAAGCUGCAAUAUCUGGCAAAAUAACCCAAGUUGUCUUGGGCACCGAGAUCCAGUUCAGGUGCUUCUCUUCCAAGGGCACAGAAUUCAUUCGAGGUGGGCGUUGGGAAUCCAGGUCAGGUUCUACUUUUUUCCAAGUCCUCUCCUUGGCCAAAAUUGGUGCAGCUCACACUUCACUGUGGACGAUCCUAGGGAAACCCAAUGGGUUUGCUCAGCCAUUGUGUCUUCGGGCCACAUUGGCGCUGGACUCACCCACCAACUUCAUGCCAAUGAAAGCUGAUGAAACCUCAGAGGUUCCCCACUGAGCAGAAAAUUCUGGGUACAGACACCAUAUAGGCAUGUGGCAGGCAUGCAGAGCCCUUGGGUGGGUUGAAUGUAUUCACAUGGAAGAAAAUUCAUGCAAACAAGCAACUUCCUCAACCACAUGGCAGCUUCUUGCUGCACCUUGCUGGAUUCUAUCGCAAUUCAUGGCAGCCAGGGUUACCAGCAGGUCCCCAUCGCCAACUCAGAUAGACCCCAUAAGGAGUCCCCAUAAGGUCCCACAUUAAAACCCUAUGGAUUAUAGGAAUCCUGGUGGAGUACCCCUUUCAUGUACGCACACACCAGUCUGCCCUUGUGUCAGAGCAGUAUGGGCAUCAGCCAUCACUGAGAACUUUUAAAUCACGAUUGGAUGGUUUUCUAAAAGCUCUGCUCUAGGAAUUACUUUGUGGCAGUUCUCUGGCCUGUAUUACCCAGGAGGUCUGACUAGAUGAUCACAAUGGUUCCCUUCUGGCCUUGGAAUCGAUGAAUCUAUGAAAAACCACAAAGAGGGUGGUUUUUGCUCUGGCUGGUGACCUGCAGCCGGGUCCUUCCUAAUACAUGCGGCUACUUUGAUUCCAAAAGAUGGUUUCGAGACCAAGAGUAACUCCUCGAGCCCAGAGCUUAGGGUAGUUUGUGAGGCUUGGGUCUGCAAUGGGGCUAGCUAGAGAGACAUCUCAAGGCGAGGGGGAGAUGGAUUAACUGUGGCUCUACACAUUAGGGACAGCUUGUGAUGUCAUGGCACUGCAGCACUCCUGCAUGAUGGGGUUAAGUCCAGGAGCUGGUGCUGAAGGCUGGACAUUGCUAGGGCCCUGGAUUUUGCAUUGGUAGAGCAGAGAGGUCCUCAUUCUGGGAAAUGGGGACAAUAGGGAAGAUCUGUCUUGAAAGCACCACCUUUUUGCAAGCAGACAAAUGCUUCCUCUGUUCCAUUUAUGGGGCACCACAGUGACACCCAGUGGCCAGAGAGGGUAAUGUUGGCGGGCAGUCCUAGGUUUCCCAAAGAUCGACAUUGUUCCUGUUUAAAGGUAGCUGGUUACGUUAAUUCCAUUCAUUCCCUUUGGGUGGAUCUGACCUGAGCCAUUUGUCUUAUUUAAAGCUGGCAGGUUAGAGUAAUGCCCGGUGCAUUGUGGGGAUCCCUGCUUCACAUUCAGAGACGUCAAUCCGGAUUUAGUCCGGCAGAAGUGAGAAUUGUCGUAAGCUACAGUCCCCCCAGCUGUCCACUUGGGAGUGCAUAUAAGUACAAGCGAUGUCGUUACACCCUGAGAUGGGCCUGGAGCUCUUGGGGGACCAGAACGAUGGUGAGAAAGCUGCAGCUUCCCCGGACACUCCCCAUCAGAAUGAAACACCCUCUGCCCAUCCCCCUCGCUCCCCAGAAAACCACUUGCAGGGGGAGCAAGAGGAGAGAAGAGAGAUGUGAAGAACAGAAGAAGCUGCCCAGCCCACUGGCACCGCUUGCUUUAGCGUCUUCUUCUCACCAUCUCCUGCUGCCCUUCACGCCCUUCCUCCGGAGUCCUCCAGCAUCCCAUCGAAGGUCUCUAUCGCCUUUCUUCAGACCCUUCACUCGCCUUCCCCAGUCACUUAUUCCCUCCUGCCCUGUCUGGGUGAGGGCUCUGCUCAAAGUCCCUGCUUCCCCCCCCCCCCCCCAAGAUUCCUCUGAGGUUUUGAAGCAGCGUGAAAAAGUCUCUCUUAGUUUGUCGAUCCUGUUCGCCAACUUCAAGCCUUAAGUCCCAGGGCCAGAUCCUUCAGCUGGUGUAAAUUGGCUCUGACUUCAGUGGAGCUGCACCCAUGGACUCCAGCUGAGAAUAGUGCCCUCUUUAUCCCUGGGGACUCCAUUGAGCUCUCUUCCCCUCUGUGCAAUGGAUGCUUUGAUCUUUGGUGGCACACAUUGCAUCCUCUCCAGCACUAUGUGGGGCAGCACCCAGUGUUGCCUGCUGAAGCUCAGAAGGUGUCUAACAUGCGUCGGGCACAGUAGCAGUAUUGCCACAACCUAGUGCCAACUACUGCAUGUGGCCCAAUGGGCAGAAUGAGGCGUUACUGUGUCCUGAGUGGUUUUGCUGUUCUGCUCUGCACAGGACGUAGGUUUUCAAUGAUUCCUCCCCCCGAGACUCCAUCUGCGUGCUGCUGGGUGACACACGCUCAGCUCGGAUCUUGUGGCCUGGUUCCUCUCUCCCAUAGACGAAUCCCUUUACACAUCUCAGCAACGAAGUGCAUUCGCCAACUCGGUGGCCUGCUCACCUCAGUGACUCAAAUCCCUCUGGAUCCCUGCGAUUUGCUCUGCCUCUGGUAUUAGGCUCCUCGGCGUGAUCUAAGCAUGCGCAGCAAAACAGGUCCAGUCUUUCUCUCCCUUACCCCUGUGCCGCUCGCUUUGAACUCAGCAGGAUUCUGUGUGGGGUAAUGGAGAGCAAAAUUGGGCUUGUGGCUGUAAGCGACGUCCCUAAGGCUUGACUCUCCCCCAGUCCCCGCCUGUGAAUCCAUUUGGGCUCCUCGUCUUGGCAGAUCUUUGGAUGUGAAUUGGCAAAGCUCCAUGCACUUUAGUGGAGCAGAGCUAGCGGGGGUUCCGGCUGAUUGGUCUUUCCCCCUUCACACUGGGACUCCUUUUGACUUACAGCUGCAUUGCCUCCAUCUUAGCAGCUGGAAGGAGCUGGGGUGUCAUGAGCCACCAGUGUGUGUCUCUCUCUCUCUUUCUGUAUUGCACACAGCAACACAACACCGUCAUAUCACUCCCAAGAAGUGUCUCUCUCUCCUCUUCUCUCUCUCCAAUACUCUCCCUGCCCCCCACCACAUACACCCCUUUCCUUUACCUCCCACCAGGUCUCUAGCUUUGGCAUUGCUGGGUAAGACGUGCCCAUUACGCUAACCCUCUCACCAUCUCCUCUUCCUAUCCUGCCCUGCUCUCGGUCUGGUUUCCCUUUGGCUCUCUCUGUAAGCCUAUACGGCCCUGUGGAACUGCACAGAUUGAACUCAGUAGCCGACGGUAUAUGUGCAACCCCCUCUUCCAUCCAAAACCCCCCACUUCGGCCCUCAAAGCCAAUGGACUCCCAUUUACAUCAAUGGGCUUUGACCACGUCCUUAGUGACCAGACAGCCCCAUUGUCCCCUGGACACGUCCUCCCAGGAGCUCCUGUUGGAGGUGCAUGCUCGGAGUCAAUUAUUUUAACAGCAAUGCAGGCGUGAAACUUGCUCUCCUACCUAUGUCCGCGGGGCCAGAUUCAGAUCUCAGUGACGCAGGGGUAACUCCACAGUCACUCCGUUGAUCUCAGUUGAGUUGCUUUGGAUUGUGACAUGUAGAAUGUGAUCUCCUGGUCUCUCUCCUAGCCUACCUUGCAUUAUGUUUCAUUCUCGGUCGCUUUACAGAACCAAACACCGCUUGUACCUUUUUCAUUUUGAAAAAAAAACAUUGUUUUUUUUUGAGGAGCUUAUUUUUUUAUUCUACUCCCAGUUGUUAUAUGUACGGUUCUCUCCUCCUUCGCCACUGCAUACAUAGGGGUCUGGGUUUCGUUUCUUUCUGAUUUUCCGUGUUUAUGUUCUGGACCAAUUGAGGAUCGUUUUUUAAAGGAAAAAGAAUCUGUUUUAAAUCGGUGUUUAUAAACAAAUAAACCCACUAGCAAUUGUC